UCCGAGGUAGUAUUCCCUCAGGUGUUGAAGGGUUCAUUUGAGUUUCAAAUCGUUUUGCAAACAUUACUUGUCCUUUCACCCUUUUCUCGCACCAGAGGCUCCGAGAUUGUUCCGGCUUCUUGUCGCAACACCAGCACCCCUUCGUCAUUCUUCCACAGUAUUGUGGGCAAACACUCCUGUUUUCUGCAAUCCCUUUGGAGAGUUUUCAUCGCCUUUGAAUUUUGGAACCCAGCUCGCACCUAUUCAUACCAAAUCCCACAAGCUCAUUAUCAAGAAUACUUACCAGUUUGGCAGAUUUAUUCUGUACGGAUAACGGAAUCAAUCAUGGCGACUGCAGGUGUUCUCCCUCCGCCAUCUAGCGCGCGGCGCCCGAGUUUCAAGCCAAUCAUCGAAGCGGCAGGUUCCAAGUCCACUGCCAAGGUCGGCAGCUCUGAGUUCAAUCCAGAGAAGCACCUUACUUUUGAGCCACCUUCCAAGGUGUAUAAAAUGGCAGACAUUGGACUUUCGGACGAGACAGGAGUCUCAACCGUGGCAGUAUCUGAGCCUUUCCCUCUAUUUUCUCCUGAAGCAAUUCGUGUGAUGCGUGAGGAGGUGCUCCGGGAAGAAGUGAUGAACAACUGCAACUACUCCAGCAACAUCGCAGCUUGUCAGCUGCGAGGUUUUGCUCCAAAAUAUUCACCUUUUGUUUAUGAAGCCUGGAAGAACCCCAAGACUUUGGAAAUAAUUUCGAGAAUAGCAGGUGUUGAUCUCGUCCCGGUCAUGGACUUUGAAAUUGGACACGUCAACGUUUCUGUCAAAUCCGAGCAGGAAAAGGAGCGAGAACUAGCCAACAUCCGAGAGGCAAAGUCUAGAAUGGCCGAUGAAGGUAUUGCAGGCUGCCCUUGGGAAGAUGACAAGCCGAUUGUGGGCUGGCACACGGACAGCUACCCCUUCGUCUGUGUCCUCAUGCUUAGUGACUGCUCAACCAUGGUGGGAGGAGAAACAGCUCUGCGGACCGGCAAAGGUGAUGUGGUGCGUGUUCGCGGCCCUCAGGAAGGCUGCGCCGUCGUUUUACAAGGACGGUAUAUCACACACCAGGCUCUGCGUGCCCUAGGCGCUACAGAGCGCAUUACCAUGGUUACGUCCUUCCGUCCUCGUUCGCCACAUGCUCGGGAUGAUACAGAGCUGAGAACAGUGCGGCCAAUCUCGGACUUGUCCGAGCUGUAUUAUCAGUUCGGCGAAUAUCGACUCGAGAUCCUUGAAGAGCGUAUCCGUAGCCAGCUGCGGAAGAUACGCGAGACGCGCGGUGCUGGCAAGAGAUUUGACACGAAAGCGAUGAAAAAUUUCCUCACUGAAACCGAGGACUUUGUUUCGCGCACAGAUGCGGAACUCAUCGAGGACGAGAAGGUUCAGGUGGGAUAUAUUGAAGAGAUGAAAUAUGAAAACGUCAAGGUUGAAGACACCAAGGCGCAGGAACAUCCUUCGAAGCGUUCGCGGGUUGAAUGAAGUUAGAAUUAAUAUGAUGUGUUAUCGUUUGCAUUUGAGAAUUGAGGAUGGGCUAAUCGAACCGCCCCUAUGAAUGUCAGCAAGGUCAUUUGCGUUUCUGAUUUGUGCAUUCCAUCUCAAGUUUUUCUUCUUCUUCUUCUUCUUCUUCUUCUUCUUCUUCUUCUUCUUCUUCUUCUUUGCUUGUACUAGCGAAUAUCGUUCGGAGAACUCAUGUCCUCAGCUUUCAUUGCAUACUUGAUCAAUUUACC